GAUAGGGGAGAAGUGUGCCGCAGGACAGGCGGGAAGCGAAGCCCCGAGGCGCAGAGCCCUGGGACCCGAUGCGACCCUUGCUGCGCAGAGCGCGGGUGAUGUGAAGAGAGCCCAGGAAUGCCUUAUGUGGAUCGGCAGAACCGAAUCUGUGGGUUUCUGGAUAUUGAAGACAAUGAGAACAGUGGCAAAUUCCUCCGGAGAUACUUUAUCCUGGAUACCCAGGCCAACUGCCUCCUCUGGUACAUGGACAAUCCCCAGAACCUGGCAGUUGGGGCAGGAGCCGUCGGAUCUCUGCAGCUGACCUACAUCUCGAAGGUGAGCGUAGCUACCCCAAAGCAGAAACCUAAAACUCCAUUCUGCUUCGUUAUCAAUGCCCUGUCUCAGAGAUAUUUUCUUCAAGCCAAUGACCAGAAAGAUCUGAAGGACUGGGUAGAAGCCUUGAACCAAGCCAGCAAGAUCACUGUACCCAAGGCUGGGACGGUACCCUUGGCCACAGAAGUUCUCAAAAACCUAACAGCUCCUCCCACGCUAGAGAAGAAGCCACAGGUGGCCUACAAGACUGAGAUCAUCGGGGGAGUGGUGGUACAAACGCCCAUCAGCCAGAACGGUGGGGAUGGGCAGGAAGGGUGCGAGCCAGGGACUCACGCCUUCCUGCGAAGGUCUCAGAGCUACAUCCCCACGUCAGGCUGCCGUCCUUCCACUGGGCCUCCCCUUAUUAAGAGUGGCUACUGUGUGAAGCAAGGGAACGUGCGGAAGAGUUGGAAACGACGCUUCUUUGCCCUCGAUGACUUUACCAUCUGCUACUUCAAGUGUGAGCAGGACAGAGAGCCUCUGCGUACCAUACCGCUCAAGGAUGUCCUCAAGACCCACGAGUGUCUGGUCAAGUCUGGUGAUCUCUUAAUGAGGGACAACCUGUUUGAAAUCAUAACCACCUCCAGGACGUUCUACGUUCAGGCGGACAGCCCUGAGGACAUGCACAGCUGGAUUGAGGGGAUCGGAGCAGCUGUCCAGGCCCUGAAGUGCCACCCUAGGGAGCCGUCCUUUUCAAGAUCCAUUUCUUUGACUCGACCUGGAAGUUCCACCCUUGCAAGUGCGCCUAACUCCAUCUUGUCAAGGAGGCGGCCACCGGCAGAAGAGAAAAGAGCUCUCUGUAAGGCCCCCUCCGUGGCCUCCUCCUGGCAACCCUGGACACCUGUCCCCCAGGCUGAGGAAAAGCUGUUGUCAGCGGAGCGUGCCCCGGAGGACUCUUUAUUCAUGCCUAACCCUGGGGAGAACAUAGCUACAGGGGUGCUGGCAAGUUCUCGAGUCAGGCACAGGUCGGAGCCCCAGCACCCCAAGGAGAAGCCAUUUGUAUUCAACCUUGAUGACGAGAACAUACGAACCUCUGAUGUGUGACAUGCGAUAUGCCCGUUGUGUGCAGGAGAGCCGGGGGCUGUGACUUAUUUUCUCUGCCAUGGUAGAGGACAGAGGCUAAUGGCACUCACAGUGGAAGGGCCCACCUAGCUGGCUUUAGUUUUGUUGUUAUUGACACCGUUUAUGUAACUGGAGAAAGCCACUGGGUCAGACCCACAGGCAUACUCCAUUACCUCUUGAAUGUCCCCUUUCCCCAGGUCUCCUAGUGACGGGUUAGUUUCCAUACUUCCUGUCUAGAGGAGGCAAGAGUCCAGUUUUACCCAUAAGCUUUUCCCUGUUGUAUUUCUUUUAUAGUCUUGGUUUUGCACAGGAUCUCAGGCUAAGAACCGCUUUCAUCUACCCCUGUUUAUUGGCUGAAGUCUGGAGAUGAGGCAGACCGUUAGCAUCCAGACUGACAGGCAUCGGGUGAGACUCAGGUUACACAGUUCUGAUUGGGAUCCAUCUGAGAGCGGUCCUUAGACUCUGGGGAGUGAAAGGUGAAUUUUGGGAUAUCUUCCCCGGGGAAGUUCUUUCAGGACACCUCCCAGGGGAGCAGACAGGACCUCUUGUGAGUCAUGAGGGCUAAUUAAACUGCUAGAGCCACUUGUGGGAAUCAUGCUGUCCUUUUGAUGCUCCAUGACCCCAAAUGACAUAGACCUGAGUGACGGAGCCACCAGUCUAUUUUCUGUGUCCUGUCCCGAGGAUGCGGUUAUCAGGGUCACAUGUUAUGAUUGCAGAGACCAGAACAGAGGCUUCCCUUGAAACUGAGGUGUGUGUGUGUGUGUGUGUGUGUGUGUGCGCGCACACACACAUGCGAGAGAGAGAGAGAGAGAGAGAGAGAGAGAGGACGAUCUCUAUCUCAGAGGCUUACAUUAAUAUAAAGCAGCUACUGAGAAGAGAUGGAUUUUGUUUAUUGCAGUAAGCAUCUUUGAUCCAUGUUUUCCAGACAGGAGAAUGACUCUUGACACAGUGAAUCUUGAAUUCCUGUCUCACAGCUCUUUUAUAGCUGGCUGACUUUUGUGUAAUGUUAAGUGCUUGUAUAUUGUGCAGUCUUCUGGCCCACUUACUCUUUGUUUUAUUGCGUUACCUGUUAAGUGAAGUCAUGCACACACCAGGUGGAAAUCCAGCAUUUGAUAAGAGCCUAUAUAUACACUCACUAGUGAAGAGACUUAAAUGUGAUUUUUCCCCCAGUACUUACAUGUUUCAUGGAAUAGAAACUGGGAAUAAAGAAAUUGAAUCAGAGGAUGAAUUGUUGGCUAGGAAUUUCCUAGAUUCUAGAGGAGUUUAGAAGAUUAGAUUUCCACCCAAAAUGUAGGGUGUGGCUUUUCUACUGGGCACGAUACUAUUUCCAGUGCCUUCGGGGUCAUUUCUAUCAGCCUUCAAUGAACUGUGCUACCAGAAAAUUAUGGCCAUUUCCUACAGGGAGAGAGGACAUGGCUCAUUUUUGUCUUGUAACUUUUAUCUGCUAGGUAAAUUAACCCCGUUUUAAAUUAGAAAUGUGUAGCUCUAAGAAGAGACUAGGAGGCAUUUUUUAUUUAAGCUAGUUAGCACUCUGUGUCCAUAGUUAGUGCAAAAGGAAAAACAGGCAUAAAGCUCUCCUGGGUGAGAGGACGCAUGAUCUUUCAAAUGUGACUGUGACCCUGAAUCUGGUGCCACACUGAAGACUUCUGGGCUCCGUGUGUGGGAGCUGUCCCCCACUUUAAGUCUGGCCUUGUGAUCCUGAUGAAAAGAAAACCAAACAAAAAUCAAUGGGCUUCUUUCUCUUUCUGUGUUCAUGAUCUUGUGUGUCUCCCAUCCCCUAAAAAAAAUCUUUUGUGUGUUUUGGUUUUUCAGGGUUCGGGGAUUAUUUAUUUAUGACUGAGUAAGGUUACAACCUACUUCAAAAGUCAGUGCCCUUUGUCUCUGGUUUCAGCUUAAAAUCUUCCCCUAGAAAAUUCUUUGGCUGCUCAACAGAAUUGCUCAAUGUGAGAUGAGGAACGAAGGAAAAAUAAAUCAGGAACUCCUGGAGGGCCUUGUACAUGCCCUGGCUCACGGAAAUGAUGUCAUCUUUUGGUGUUUAAAUUGCAAAAUCUGUCUGUCCCUCUCUUAGAGACUGUUUGCUUGGUAAUUACUGCUGCAUCAACGGGUCGUUACAGAAAGUCGAUAGGUUUCAAUACAUACUUGAGAUCAUAUUAGAUUAAAUACAAUGCAGUUUAUAUUAUGUAAACACAGGAAAAGUAUAGUUUCAGUGACCCUAACCAGCCCAUACAUGAGACUCGCAAGUUAGAACAUUGUUAAUAGCAGUGCCUAGAAAAUAUAAUUAUCUUUGUGAAGCCUCAAAUUAUUAAAGUCUUAAAUUAUUAAAUUCUUGUUUCAGAAUUCCCCUUCUGUCUGUAUUUAGGGCCAGUUUUAUACACACACACCCCUUUAAAUUUGUUUUUGCUAGAGUCUUAUUAUAGAGUCCAGGGUGGCUUUGAACUGGUAAUCCUCCUGCCUCAGCCUCCUGAGUGCUUGGAUUACAAGUCUGUGCCAUCCUUUCCAGCCUAGGACAGUAUUUUAAUGUGAGCCAAAGACGGUGCAUAAACUUUUAGUUUUCAAUGUAUCCCACAGACCUCUGUGAGAGGAUAAGGUGUAGUGGCCUGUGGGUUUUUGGUUAAGCAUAGACUGUGGAUAAAUCAGAAGGGAUUUCUGGAUUAUAAAAGAUACUGCAUUUUCUGUGUGGAAUAAAAGCAGUCUCUGGGGUUGGGUCCUUCUAUAAAGCUUCGAGGGUAUUGUUCUCUGUAGCUGAAGUAUGCCCCAUCCAUUACUCUUAAAUGGUUUGACGGACUUGCUUACCCCGGAUCAGGUGAUAAUUGACACACACACACACACACACACAAAAGCGUGUGUUCUUCAUUCUACGAACCACGUUGAGGAUAAGGGAGACUGCAGACUGAAGAGGGACCUUUGGUCAAAGCAGCGGAGUGACAGCUCUGCUUCCAAGUAGAAGGCUGCCCUCCGGGAAGAUUUAAGGUCCAUCGUCUUAGUUUACUGGAAGCAAACUGGUUUGGUUUGGUUUCCCCCUUUCUACACAGGACUAAAAUGACCCUCUGAGUAAGCAGUGGGCCGGUAAAUGAGCGGUGGACUUGAUACUUGUUUUCAGUGUCAACCAAAUAAACAGCGUUUUUAGAAAUUAGGCUUCCCAUGUCGCCUGUUUAACCUCUCCCCCCCCAACCCCAAAUCUGUUUUCCUCAGUCCCUCGUUCUCUCUGUGUGUUAUUGCCUGCCGGAGUCAAUUAUAGUCACUUAUACCAGGUAGGCGUUGAAUCAAGGGAAUAUUUGGCAAAAACACACAGUGUGACCCCUGGGCCCUCUGUUUAUGAAGGUGUGGCAUGCCCUGUUUGAGCUGUGAAACACCUCCUGCAAGCACUGAGCUUAGUGCAUGGAAACUCCAGCUUCUUACGUUGUAUGAGCUCCUAAUUGGUAUGUAGCAAAGCGUCAUUUUCCAAAAACUGGUUGGUUGCUUGUUUUUAAUAAAAACAUGUG